GUCUAGCAGAAAGCUAAUGUGGGGCGCUGGGUUAUUUGGACAGAGCGUCGCUCAUCUCAUGACGGAACGAUGUGGUAUUGUGCAGUUUUAACCAUAAGUUGACAGAAUAGUGUGUGAGCGAUGUCCGUGUGAAACUCCGAGGGAACGAAUGUGGUACUGGUGAAUUUUCGUUCAGUAAAGAUAAUGUUAUGUACUGAGAUUUAGUUUAAAAACAUUUGUUUACAAAGAAAUGCAGAGUAAACAAAACGGUAAAAUGUGUUCCGGGGACGAGUACAGCAUUUCACCUGAUAUAAUUAAUCCAUUCGUUCAUAAUUUAGAACUGUCAACGACAUAUGACAAAAUAAAGACUGCAGUGUUGACGGUGGUGCUCCUGCCACUGCGCCUACUGGCCAUAGUCCACCUGCUGGUGGCAGCCUGGCUGCUGGCCUGCCUGGGACUGGCAGGGCUCUCUGAACACGACCUGCGCUCUCGGCCGCUGUCCGGUUGGCGGAGGCGACUGACGCCCCUCAUCUGCGCGCUCGGGAAAGGCACCUACCAGGCGGGCGGCAUGUCCAUCACGGUGAGGGGCCACCAGGCAUCCCGCAGAGAGGCGCCCAUCCUCGUGGUGGCGCCCCACUCCACCUUCCUCGACGCCAGCAUCACCUACGUCACUGGCUUCCCGUCCAUCAUAGCGCGGCGGGAGAGUGGCUGCAACCCCUUCAUAGGCAAGCUAAUAAACUACACGCAGCCCGUGUACGUGUGGCGGGACGACCCCAACUCCCGACAGAACAGCAUCAGGGAGAUCAUAGAGCGGGUCAAUUCGGAGCAGGACUGGCCGCAGAUACUCAUCUUCCCCGAAGGUACGUGCACCAACAGGUCGUGCCUCAUUACCUUCAAGCAGGGCGCCUUCUGUCCUGGUGUGCCGGUGCAGCCAGUGUGUAUCCGCUACCCCAACAAGCUGGACACGGUCACUUGGACCUGGGAGGGCCCUGGAGCGCUGAAGCUGUUGUGGCUCACGCUCACUCGACUGCACAGCAACUGUGAGAUAGAGUUCCUGCCGGUGUACCGCCCCAACCCCGAGGAGCAGAGGGACCCCAAGCUGUUCGCCAGCAAUGUGAGGCAGGUCAUGGCCAAGGCUCUGGGCGUGCCGGUGUCGGACUACGCCUACGACGACUGCCGCCUCAUGACCAAGGUGCGCCAGAUGAACCUGCCGUGCGCGCCCGGCCUCAUGGAGGCGCACAAGCUGCGCCACAAGCUGGGGCUGGCGCAGAGGCGUGCGGAGGAGCAGUGCCUGGCGCGGCAGGGCUGCGAGGGCCGUGUGGACCUGGAGCAGUUCGCACGGCUCCUGGGCGUGCCCGCCUGCGACGACCUGCAGCAGCUCUUCAGGCUGUACGACAAGACGUCCUCUGGCAGCGUGGACUUCCGCGAGUACUUGCUGAGCGUGCUCUCCGUCUCGGUGGCCAACAACUCUCAGGAAGUGCUGGACCUGGCCUUCAAGAUCUACGACUGCAGCGGCAGCGGCAGGCUGAGCGUGCCCGACGCCGUGAAGGCUCUCUCGUGCGCGCUGGCUGUGUCGCCCGAGGACCUGCGGGCGGCGCUGAAGAGGGCCGUGCCUGCGGACAAGAACCACGUGUCUCUCGAGGAGUUCCGUGCGUGCGCGGGAGGUGUGCAGGAGGCGAACACGCCCCGCGACAACAAGAAGGCCAGCUGAGACCUGGGAGCUGGCGGCACCGGCGUGCCGUCACUUGCUGUCCCGUCCACUCUUCCAGGCUGUUAGGCAGGAAUCACUUACUUUCUCUUUUACAAAGAUUGUACAUACUAUGUGUAAGUAUCGUGUGUAAUAUUUUAAUGAAGUGUAUUAUAGUUAAAAUACUAAUUGCUUCCAAUAACUGAUUCCUGGUACAGAAAAUUGUUUGCAAUCGCUCACCAUCAGAAGAAAAAUACUCAUGGUUGAACUGAAAGACUGUCUUUUUUAAAGUAAACAAAAUUUUGCAUAUAUGUUAUAGUGAGUAGUAUGUAAACUUUUCAUGUAAUUGUAAACUGCAUAUACAAUUUGUUAUCCAAAAGUUGUAAUCACUCCUGCAGAACUAUUGCUAUAGUAAUUAUUUGUAUGAAUUUUUUUUGCAUCUGUGGUUUCCCAAACUUUGUUAAUUAAUAUUUGGUCUUUCCUUCCUUUAAACCAAAUUGUAACACUUCUUUGUGUUUUUUUAUUGUGAGUGUCCAUAGAUAAUCUCUCUUAAUGUCCGAGUAUGUUAUUGUAACCUGUGUGUUGCUGUGUAUAAGCCUAAAACCUGCAGAGAGCAGUUUACUUGUGCAUAGCCAAGUGUUCUUCAGUUCAUGAAGUUACUUCAGAUAUGUAACAGUAUGCAGUUUAAGAGCAUUAGUCAUCAUAAAAUAGCUCCUUUAACAGUUUUCAAAAUACUCCAUAAUUUACUUUAUCUUUAAUUAAUAAUUUCUGUUUUUUUUAUCAAAUAAUUAUAUUUAUUUUAACUUUGAUUACAUAAGUAAUAAUAAACACAGUAUUAAGGAGUAUUAGGCUCCGCCAUCUUGGAAUUUUACAUUUUUGUACUAUAAUUCUAAUUUUGAACUCUUUAUCUCAAUUUUUGAUAUGUCAAGGCAUAAAUCAUAUCUCCCUGACCUUCUGUACCAUGUUGCGACCAUAUAGUUACUAUCAGGCCCUAGUAUGUAAGCGCAGCAAGGAAAUAACUUAUUAUUUCACGUGGUUGAUUACAAUACCAGUUCACAAGUGUUGACUUCAACGAGUAGCCAAACAUAAGUUCAAAAAAUUUAGCACGGCAGCUUUAUUGCAAAUGGUAUCAAAAUAUUUGAAAUUGCAAGAUGCGGAGGCCUAAUACCACUUAAAGUUCAACUAUGUUACAAUAGUUUACCAAAAUGUGCAUAUUAAAUAGUGUUCUUCUGACAUGAUUUUAAUUGGUGGAUUCUUGAACUUAACUUUUUUAUACAAAUAAAUUGGGCUUUCUUUUCAUAAUUGCUUUAAUUUAUUGAAAUGUAACACAAUUUUAUGAAAAAUAUUUGAUGUAGCAUAAUUGUGAUUAUAAGCAAUGCUAUAUAUACUAUGUACUUACAUUUGAUCCAUCCUAUACCAAUUAUUUUCUGUGAUUUGUGUGUACAUAUUUCAAUUCCCAACAGUCUGGGUUUAAGUGCUGUAUCCUGAAAGUAUUUUCCUGAGCCUGAUUAAUAUGUAGUAUUUAUUAAUGUACAUUAAAUGUUACAAGGUUUUAAACAUUUAUCACACCCCAGCUAGCUCAAAAUUUAGUCUGAAAUGGACAUACAUGAAACAGUUGCAAAAAAAAAAAAAAAAUUGGGCACCAAAUAUUAUAUAAGUUUUUGAAAAAUGGACGAAAAUUCUAAUUGCCAAGUCCAAAUGAUAAAAACAUGUUGAUUAUGCGCCCGGACUACAGCCGCGAAAUAUUCUCUAAACUCACUGAGCCACUGCCCAACCCAUGGCCUGUCGGUAUCUCAUCCAGACAAUGACUGACGAAACUCAGCUUGCACAAAAAUCUACUUAGCUGGGAAAUUCCCCGAAAAACUGCCAUACCAUUGACUACAAAAUUUAUCCAUGCAAUAACUAUUUAGUACCUUCCCAUCUUUGAGGACUUGCCCUCUGAGUCAUGUGUCUCUGUACUUCUCUCACACAUUCAUUUCACACAGAAUUCGGGGAUUACCGUCAGAUAUUCCCACGCAACCUUUACGUGUAUGUCUCUCCAAUGAUUGUCAACUGGUUUAAUUUCCAGGCGGUGAACUUUCAUGUAGAGGAUUAAAGAAACUGGUGCAAAAUUACAAAAAGUUGUGAAAAUGUGAAGUAGAUAUGUAGUAAAGUGAAGCUGUCAAUAAAAUUUUUUUCUAAUGA